AUGACAUCCUCUAUCCUAGUUGAAUCCCCUAUGGGACCACUUGGGGGAGGGAAAGGAAUUGGUUUACAGCCAACUGCCAUGGUCUCGGACAUGAUUUCGCUAUAUCGACCAGCCAAACAUUUUCGACGCGAGCCUGGUCAUCACGGUCCCCGAGUUCCCGCCACGACUCCGACCACAAUACAAUCUCUGGAUUUUGACAAUGAAGGCAGUCUUCUUCUGACUUCGGAGAGUGACAGCAGUAUGCAAAUUUACAACGUUCGGGAAGGAAAACACAGCAAAACACUUCUAAGCCAAAAAUACGGCGUUGGCCACGCCAUGUUUGCACACGCUUCUGGAUGUAUUAUACACUCAAGUACUAAAUUAAAUAAUACUAUACGAUACCUCUCUACCCACGAUAAUUCGUAUCUCCGCUACUUCGAAGGGCAUGAAAAGAAUGUCACUUGUCUAGCCCUCCACCCUGGCCAGGAUAAUUUCAUAUCGUGUUCUGAAGACAAUACCCUACGUGUUUGGGAGGCCGGAAGUAAAAAUUGCUGUGGUAAACUUAAACUAAAUGGGGCCUACUUGGCAGCCUGGGAUCCCUCGGGGAACGUAUUUGCUGUUGCCUCACCUACAGCACACACUAUCCUUCUAUACGAUUUUCGAAAUUUUGACAAGGAACCCUUUGCAUCUUUUGAUAUGCUUCCUCACUAUACUCCGGAAAUAACAAAAAAUAUCAGCAAGAGUUGGAACAGUCUCGAGUUUUCCAAUGACGGAAAAUCACUUUUACUUAGUACGAAUGGAAAAAGCCACUUUUUAUUGGAUGCUUUUGACGGGACCCUCAAAGCUUCAUUACGUCGUGAGCGUAGUGGAGUUGCAAGACUUGGAGCAGGCGACAAAAAUCCCGAAGGUCUUGAUCCUCAGGCAGCCAGCUAUCUGUACCCCAGCACCGGAGAUGCAUGUUUUACUCCGGAUGGUCGAUAUGUGCUCAGUGGCUCAAGGCAGCAUAACAUCUUGAUAUGGGACACUAUGGCCCCCUAUCUCGAAAAGUACAUGACACCCACUCAUGAACUAGUAUACAAGGGUGACACCGCCGUCAUUGCCUUUAACCCUAGAUUACACUUUUUCGCGACGGCCGACAAAGAAGUUGUAUUUUGGGUGCCUGAUCAGAGUCUAGCUUGA